GAUCGGCCAAUUGAGUGACACCGGAGAAAGCCGUCUAUGGCGGCAACCACAGUUCCUUACCCGUUGACGUUCAACGAUUAACAAUCUCCAAGCGUUUCAUUGCGUUUACCGUUCCCAAAUCCAAGAAGAUUUUAGGGUUUCAAAUUGCAGGAGGGAGAAGAAGAGGCGGAAGUCCUCAGACCAACGAAUCAGAAGUUCUGAACCAUAAUAGCUUCACGCGAAAUCAAAUCAGGCGGAUCAAAAUCCAGAUCGGACUCGUCGCUGCUCAGGUUACCGCUGCCGGCUGCUCGCCACCAGUCUCCUCGCCUUUUGCAGAGGUAGUGUACUUUGCACUUAAACACGUAAUAUAGCUGGUUGCCUAUUCGAAAAUGGUGGAGUUUGUCUCAGUUGUUCUCUUUGCUGUUAUUACUACCACGCUACUCAUAGUCCGGAUUCUGUAUGUUAUAUCUCAGACUAGUAAACCGAUCCGUAACUCUUCUCAGAAGCAUUUGAGUACUCUUGUUGUUUUAGGCUCAGGGGGGCACACAGCAGAGAUGAUAAAUCUGUUAUCUGUUAUGCAAAAAGAUCGAUUUUCUCCAAGAUUUUACGUUGCUGCAGCAACAGACAACAUGAGUCUUCAGAAGGCGUACGUUUUUGAGGAGACGUUGGAUGAUAAGACAAGCUUGCAGGGGGGAGAUGAUACCCAAUUUAUGCAGAUUUAUCGAAGCCGUGAAGUGGGUCAAUCAUAUAUUACCUCAGUUGGAACCACAUUACUAGCUUUAGCUCAUGCCUUGUGGCUUAUGAUAAAAAUCAGACCUCAAGUGAUUCUAUGCAAUGGUCCUGGGACUUGUAUCCCUAUAUGUGCGAUUGCGUUCAUUUUCAAGGUUUUGGGAAUGAGAUGGUCGUAUAUAUUCUAUGUGGAGAGUAUAGCAAGAGUGAAAAGACUGUCACUGAGUGGCUUGCUUCUUUACAAAUUACGCAUGGCUGAUCAGUUGUUUGUGCAGUGGCCGCAACUACAAAAACAAUAUCCCCGAGCUCAUUAUGUGGGCCGUCUUAUGUAGCCAACGACCAACUUGUAUUGCUUUCACAAGUUGAAGCUCUUAAUCCAAAGAGAUGAUUACUGCUGCAAAGAUCAUCUGUUGUAACAAAUCAUUGGUCUGAAUAGGAAUUAUACGUCUUAUUAC